CCGCAGGACGGAGCGGGCAGCGCGUAACGGACGCGGCGGCAUGGAGCUGGGGGCGGGCGGCGCGGCGGGGCCCGGGCAAGGCGGCGGGGCGGAGACGGGCCGCCAGCUCCUGCUGCUGCUGUUGCUAGGCGACGGCGGGGUGGGGGGCGGCGGGGAGGGCUGGGCGUGGCCGGCGGGGGGCGGCGGGGGCGGGGCGGGGGGCGCGGGCGGGGAGGCCGGCCCGGAGCCCGACUACGAGGCCCUCCCGCGCGGAUCGGCCGCCUCCACGCACAUGCUGGCCGGGGCCGUGGCCGGGGUGCUGGAGCACAGCCUCAUGUACCCGGUGGACUGCGUCAAGACAAGGAUGCAAAGCCUGCAACCAGAACCUGCUGCUCGUUACCGGAAUGUGCUGGAGGCCCUGUGGAAGAUUGUGCGGACUGAAGGGAUCUGGAGGCCCAUGCGCGGAUUGAAUGUUACAGCCACAGGGGCUGGCCCUGCUCAUGCCUUGUAUUUCGCCUGCUACGAAAAGUUGAAAAAGACAUUUACCGACCUUAUCCAUGCAGGGGGCAAUAGCCACGUGGCCAACGGCACAGCAGGGUGUGUGGCAACAUUGCUUCAUGAUGCAGCCAUGAACCCAGCAGAAGUGAUAAAGCAGAGAAUGCAGAUGUACAACUCUCCGUACCAGCGAGUAACAGACUGUGUGCGUGCCGUGUGGUGCAAUGAAGGGGCUGGCGCAUUCUACCGAAGCUACACUACUCAGCUCACCAUGAACAUCCCCUUCCAGGCUAUCCACUUCAUGGCAUAUGAAUCUCUACAGGAACACCUCAACCCCCACAGACAGUACAACCCAACUUCCCAUAUGGUGGCAGGCGCUUGUGCAGGUGCCAUUGCUGCUGCCGCCACCACCCCCUUGGACGUUUGCAAGACACUGCUGAAUACCCAGGAGGCCCUGGCACUGAAUACCAACAUCAGUGGGCACAUCACAGGCAUGGCUCACGCGUUCAGGACGGUGUACCGCGUGGGUGGGCUGACCGCCUAUUUCCGUGGAGUGCAAGCCCGUGUCAUUUACCAAAUGCCCUCCACAGCCAUUGCCUGGUCAGUAUAUGAGUUCUUCAAAUAUUUCCUCACCAAGCGAAAGGAGGAACAGUUGGCAGGGAAGUGAAAUGUGACUUCUUCCCUUGAAUUGACUGGCGCCACACUUGGAUGACAUGCAAGCCUUUGGAAUAAUGAGGCCACUUCUUGCCUGCUGCUGCAUUUUGCACAGCCUUUCAUCUUUAUCAUUAAUGGAUAGUAUGCAUCAAGCAGCCGUGUGUCCUUCCGCUUUUCCAACUCGCCACCUGAGAAACAUCUCCCUUGCCCCACCAGUGGCUGUAUUCCCCUAAAGCAGAGGGUGACUACCAGGAGCUACUCUGAGCACAUUGGGACAUGGGACGAUGCUUUGCCUCCCCAAAAAUGGUGGCAGUUAUGAGUGAGUGGUGGUAGAAGCAGGAAGAGUGUUAGCUGAGCUGUUGUCUAGUAGCACACACAUGCACAGACCUUGUGCUCUCUGGGAAGGCUUUGAUUGUUGUGGCCCUUGGCACCUCCAAUAAAGUCUGCUUUAUUGUCAUGG